AACAAGAGAAGAAUAAAAGGGAAAAUUUCGGAUACAAAUCAUCCCAGUUCGGAUUCACUCAACACCCCCUCCCCCAUCUUUCUCUUUCUCUCUCUUCCUUUUUGCUAAAUCGGAGUCAUCUCUCUCCCAACUGGAGUUUCGCUCCAAGGUGCAUCAUCUAUCAUAACUGUGGGCCAUUGAAGUUUGUGGAGUUUGAUUGGACCUUUAACUGUUGCACGCUGUGCCAUGGAGGAGGAAAAUGCGGUGGAGCUCCUACAACGAUACCGGCGGGAUAGGCGUGUACUUCUUGAUUACAUACUUUCUGGUAGCUUAAUUAAGAAAGUUCUAAUGCCUCCUGGUGCGGUGUCAUUAGAUGAUGUGGAUUUAGAUCAAGUCAGUGUUGAUUAUGUUCUCAGCUGCUCCAAAAAAGGUGCAAUGGUUGAACUCUCAGAAGCUAUCAGAGAAUACCAUGAUAGCACUGAGUUCCCAAAUAUGAACAAUACAGGUUCAGCAAAUGAGUUCUUUUUGGUUACAAAUCCUGAAUCCUCGGGUUCACCACCAAAAAGGGCACCACCACCUAUUCCUGCUUCGGCACCAUCAUCUAUUCCUAUUCUGACACCAUCACCUGCUCCUGUUUUGGCAUCAUCACCUAUUUCUGAUUUGGAAACAUCACCUAUUCCCCCUUUGGCAGCUUCACCCAUUAUGUCGAGCGUAUCAAAAUCAGUGUCCCUCAACUCCACGCGUGACCGAGAACUAUCAAUAGAUGAUAUAGAUAUAGAUGAUUUGGAGGAAGAUGAUGAUGUAGAUGAAGUUGAUAGUCUCAGGAUGUCAAGGCGGAAGCCAAAUGAUGCUGCUGAUCUUGUUCUGGGAUUGCCUUCUUUUGCAACAGGCAUUACAGAGGAUGACCUUCGUGAGACUGCAUAUGAAGUUCUCUUGGCUUCUGCUGGGGCUUCUGGGGGACUGAUUGUACCAUCAAAGGAAAAAAAGAAAGAUAGAAAGUCCAAAUUGAUGAGGAAGCUUGGACGAAGUAAGAGUGAGCAUGUUAAAGUGCAGUCUCAACGUGCACCUGGAUUGGUUGGCUUAUUAGAAGCAAUGCGUGUCCAAAUGGAGGUUUCUGAGGCAAUGGAUAUAAGAACAAGACAGGGGCUGCUUAAUGCUCUUGUGGGAAAAGUGGGGAAAAGAAUGGAUACUCUUUUGAUUCCUCUGGAGUUGUUAUGUUGUAUUUCACGCACUGAAUUUUCUGACAAGAAAGCAUAUAUACGGUGGCAAAAAAGGCAGUUGAACAUGUUGGAGGAGGGCCUUAUAAAUCACCCUGCUGUUGGAUUUGGGGAAUCUGGGCGCAAGGCAAGUGAAUUGCGGAUUCUUCUAGCAAAAAUUGAAGAAUCUGAGUCUCUUCCGCCUUCUACUGGUGGACUCCAACGGACGGAAUGCUUAAGAUCUCUUAGAGAGAUUGCCAUUCCACUUGCUGAGAGGCCAGCUCGUGGUGACCUAACUGGUGAAGUAUGCCACUGGGCAGAUGGUUAUCACCUAAAUGUUAGACUAUAUGAGAAACUGCUUCUUAGUGUCUUUGACAUUUUAGAUGAGGGAAAGCUUACAGAGGAAGUGGAAGAAAUUCUUGAGCUUCUGAAGUCAACCUGGCGUGUUUUAGGGAUUAAUGAGACCAUCCAUUACACCUGCUAUGCAUGGGUAUUAUUUCGUCAGUUUGUUAUCACAAGCGAGCAUGGAAUGUUGCGACAUGCCAUUGAGCAGUUGAAAAAGAUACCAUUGAAAGAACAACGAGGCCCACAAGAGAGGUUACACUUGAAAAGCUUACAGUCUAAAAUUGAAGGUGAAAAUGGAUUUCGAGAUAUCAAUUUCUUACAUUCUUUCUUAUCACCCAUCAAGAAAUGGGCUGAUAAGCAGCUGGGAGACUACCAUCUGCACUUUGCACAGGGGUCAGUGAUGAUGGAGGAGAUAGUAGCAGUAGCAAUGAUUUCUCGGAGACUUCUUUUGGAAGAACCAGUAGGGGCAAUUGAAUCGACGUUGGUUACAGAUCAGGAGCAGAUAGAAGCAUAUGUGUCAUCAUCCACUAAGCAUGCAUUUGCAAGGAUUUUGCAGGUUGUUGAAACAUUAGACACAACACAUGAACAUCCUUUGGCAUUGCUUGCAGAAGAGACCAAGAAACUUUUAAAUAAAGCUACAGCCCUAUACAUGCCAGUUUUAUCUCGCAGAAAUCCACAAGCAACUUUUGUUGCAGCAUCUCUUCUUCACAGGCUUUAUGGGAACAAAUUGAAACCUUUUCUUGAUGGUGCUGAACAUCUGACGGAGGAUGUUGUAUCUGUAUUUCCGGCAGCUGAUAGUCUUGAGCAGUGUAUAAUAGCAGUUAUCACAACUUCCUGCGAAGAGGGGACUGCAGAUGCCUACUGCAGAAAAUUAACACAAUACCAGAUUGAAACAAUAUCUGGAACUUUGGUGAUGCGUUGGGUCAAUGCACAGCUGGCAAGAGUUUUAGGUUGGGUUGAACGGGCUAUUCAACAGGAGCGGUGGGAUCCAAUAUCACCUCAGCAACGGCAUGCAAAUUCAAUUGUUGAAGUCUACAGGAUUGUGGAGGAGACUGUGGACCAGUUUUUUGCUCUUAAGGUUCCAAUGAGGUCUGCAGAACUGAGUAGCUUGUUCCGUGGCAUUGAUAAUGCAUUUCAAGUGUAUGCAAGUCAUGUUGUUGACAAGUUGGCUAGCAAAGAAGAUUUAAUUCCACCUGUGCCAAUUCUUACACGAUAUAAGAAGGAAGCAGGAAUUAAGGCUUUUGUAAAGAAGGAAUUAAUGGAUCCUAGGUUGCCUGACGAGAGAAGAUCUAGUGAGAUCAAUGUUCAGACAACACCAACACUUUGUGUUCAAUUAAAUACUCUAUAUGAGCUAUCAUCGGGGAAGACGAUUGGCAGUGCUAAGGAACGUGAGGGUCUAUAUUACUUCGACGAAACUGAUUUGUUUGGACAGUGUCCUCCUACUGUUUGUAAUUUUGCAUCUUAUCCUAAGGACAGUGAACUUUUGUUAUGACACAAAAGGAUGGGUCAUCCUAGUUUUCAGUACUUAAAACAUUUAUUCCCUUCACUAUGUUCAAAUAAAACUUUAUUGGAUUUUCAGUGUGAAGUGUGUGAACUUGUCAAACAUCAUCGGGCGUCUUUUCCUAAAUAUAAUUAUAAACCAUUCAUACCAUUUACUCUAAUUCAUAGUGAUCUAUAGGGACCCUCACAUACCCCUAAUAGGACCCAUAAAAAAUGGUUUAUUACUUUUAUUGAUGAUCAUACUCGCCUGUGUUGGGUAUAUUUGUUGACUGAUAAAACUGAGGUUCAAUCAGUCUUCAUGAACUUUCACUUUAUGAUACAAACUCAAUUUCACACAAAAUUCAAAUUCUUCGUAUUGAUAAUGGUACUGAGUAUUUCAAUCACUCCUUGAGCACUUAUCUUCAAGAAAAUGGUAUUAUACAUCAAAGUUCUUGCGUUGACACCCCUCAGCAAAACGGGGUUGCAGAACGGAAAAAUAGGCAUAUUCUUGAAGUUGUUUGUGCUUUGCUGUUUACAUCUCACAUGCCCUCACAAUUUUGGGGUAACUCCAUUUUGACAGUGACUCAAUUUUGACAGCCACAUAUCUUAUUAACUGAAUGCCUAGUCGGGUCCUAUCUUUUGUCACACCCCUCCAAAAAUUCCAAGAGUUUUUUCCUCAUUCUAGACUCGAUGCACAUCUUCCACUUUGUGUCUUUGGGUCCACUGUGUUUGUCCACACUCACGGAUCUAAGCGGAACAAAUUUAAUCCCAGAGUGCUUAAAUGUGUCUUUCUUGGCUACUCUUCCACACAAAAGGGCUACAAAUGCUAUGACCCAAUUUCACAGAAGCUAUAUGUUAGCUUAGAUGUCACAUUUUUUUUAGCAUACUCCCUACUACUCGCUUCAAGGGGAGUCCAUGAGUGAAACUAGACCACCCUUAACCUUUGACUAUCUCGAUGUUGUUGUGUUUGAAUCCACUUUGUGCCUUAUAUCUACCUUUUCGCCUAACACAGAAGGACACUUAAACUCAGGGGACUCAGGGGGAGAUACGGAAUUACAGACAAAUAAGGAAACACUUGUCUACUCAAGGAGGCCAAAAUCGAAUUUCAAUGAGACACUCAUCUCCGAAGCACUAAAAGAGUUAGAACCGGUGAUACUUCUAACCCCUCGGGAGUAUAGCUCCAAUUCUAAUCAGGUAACAAAUGACUUACCCAUUGCUCUUAGGAAACAACCUCGUUCAUGUACUCUUCAUCCUAUCUCGAAAUCUAUGUCUUAUAAUGCUCUUUCUACAAAGUGUCGUGCUUUUACAACUAACCUUGAUAGAAUCCAGUUUCCUAAAAACAUUCAAGAAGCCUUGGAGAUUCUAGAAUGGAAAGAGGCAGUGAUGGAAAAAAUAAGGGCAUUGGAAAAAAAUGAGACUUGGGAAGUGAUGAAUUUGCCAAGAGGGAAGAAACCAGUGGGUUGUAAAUGGGUAUUCACAGUGAAAUAUAAGGCGGAUGGCACAGUAGAACAAUACAAGGCCCGCCUGGUUGCAAAGGGGUUCACUCAGACCUAUGGCAUCGACUAUACCGAGACAGUUGCACCAGUAGCAAAGUUGAACACUAUAUGAGUUCUUUUAUCCUUGGCAGCAAACCUCGACUGGCCACUCUGGUGAACUGGAAGAAAAAGUGUUUAUGAUGCUACCACCAAGGUUCUGUAAGGAAGAAAAAGAAACCAGGGUAUGCAAAUUGAAGAAAUCUCUUUAUGGUCUCAAGCAAUCACCCAAAGCAUGGUUUGAUAGAUUUUCAAAAGUGAUUAAGAACCAAGGAUACCAACAAGGACAGUCGGAUCAUACUAUGUUCUUCAAACAGUCCAACGAUGGAAGGAUGACCAUUCUAAUCGUGUAUGUCGAUGACAUCAUUCUCACUGGAGAUGACACAGGAGAAGUGGAAAGGUUGAAGAAAGUCUUAGCCACAGAAUUUAAGGUAAAAGAUCUAGGUCAAAUGCGGUAUUUCCUAGGAAUGGAGGUCGCCAGAUCAAGGAAGGGAAUUAGUAUUUCCCAAAGAAAGUAUGUACUUGACUUGUUGACUGAGACUGACAUGCUGGGAUGCAAGCCAAGCAAUACCCCUAUCAAGGCAAGAAACAAAAUGGAAAGUGAUGGAAAACCCGUGGAUAGAGAGAGAUAUCAACGACUAGUAGGUAGACUGAUCUACCUUUCUCACACUAGACCUAACAUUGCUUUCGCCAUAAGCGUGGUUAGCCAAUACAUGCAUUCACUAAAGGAAAGUCACCUGGAAGCAGUGUAUAAGAUCCUCAGAUACCUAAAAGGUUCUCCAGGGAGAGGACUAUUCUUUAAGAAGAGUGAUAGUAAGAAGGUAGAGAUUUAUACAGAUGCAGAUUGGGCGGGAUCAGCAAAUGACAAAAGGUCUACUACAGGCUACUGUACCUAUGUCUGGGGGAAUUUAGUAACAUGGAGAAGUAAGAAGCAGAGUGUAGUAGCCAGAAGCAGUGCCGAAACUGAAUUCAGAGCAGUUGCACAAGGUAUGUGUGAAGGACUAUGGUUGCAGAAACUAUUGAAAGAACUACGCAUUACAAUAGAGCUCCCCAUUAAACUCUAUGUGACAACAAAGCUGCCAUUAGUAUUUCUCAUAAUCCUGUUCAACACGACAAGACCAAAUAUAUAGAAGUGGACAUACACUUUAUAAAGGAAAAAAUUGAGAAAGGGAUUAUUUGCAUGACUUAUAUCCCUACAAGGGAACAAUUGGCCGAUAUUUUCACCAAGGGUUACAGAAAUCAAGCUUUGAAGAUUUUAUUUGUAAGUUGGACAUGAUUAAUAUCUAUGAUCCAACUUGAGGGGGAGUGUGGAAAUCCGGUAUAAUUUUGAAUGAUGAUUUGUAGGAUAUUAGGGAAAGAUUGAGGCCCCAAUUGUGGGUAAUUUGUGUAAUUUUAAUUUUUUCCAUGUUUGUAUUUUUUUCCCUUUUUGUUUGUUCUCUAUGUAUUUGUUAAAUAGGGAUUCGUUUAUGUAAAAAAUAUAGUUUUGAAUGAAUUUUAAAAGUAUUCUCAGUUUCUACAUAUAGUGCCUCAAGUUAUCAGAGUAGGCCUUUCUUACAUUGGAAAACUACCAUAACACUCAUCUACUGGAUCUAAGAGACUAAUCAAUAUAUGGAUUUUUGUUUGUAUGACUAUGUUUCUAUUUAUAUAUCUAUGUAUUCAUGUUCAAAGUAGUUUGCUAGUGGCCUAAUCACUCUUUAAUAGUUUAUACCAUUCAAACUGUCAUUAGUUACUAUUUGGAUAUUGUAAAGCUAUUUUUUAUAAAAUAAGGUGGGUCAUUGUAGUUAACUUGGUAAAGUACAAUACUAUGAGACAUCACAAAUGCAAGAAGAACAAACCACACAUCUUAUAAAGGAAACCAAAACAAAGUACAACCCAAGACAAUCUAUUCAUUGCAAGGGGUAAAAAGUCCUUGUCAAAGGAGUCUCUCAGUGUGCCUAGUUGGUUAGGGCAAAUGCUAGGAUGUGUGAUAGACGCGCACAAUCCUAGGUUUGAUUCCUAUUGCUUGUUAAAUGCCCUGGAUUAUCUGGUGCUGGUUGUGGUGGAUGUGGUUAGCACCUCAAUGUUUGGGUCCCAAUGUGGAGGUUCCUCAGUUAACCACUUUGAAAAUCUCAAAGCUUUGGCUUAUAAUAAGUCCUAUAAAAGAGCUUGAAUCUUUUACUCAAUAGGGUUACCUUCUUUCUCUAGUUUUGGAAAAUGCUCUAAGUCAUGUAUACCAUGAUUUCUAAACACUCCUCUAAUGCUAAGCCAUCCCGGGUUAAUCGAGGAUGUAAAACUCUAUAGAGCCCGCUAGAGGCAUAAACUACCCUUGUUGAGUCUUCUUACCUCACUUCUUGGACCUACAAAUUUGUUCUUAAUUCAUCAUUAACUAGCUGAGACAUGCACCAACCAAGAUAUAUACAGUAGACUAUGUUGCAUGGAUUUUAGAGUGGAUGUUAGGUGUAGGUAUGUGUCUAGGUUUUUGGUCCUUCACUCAUUCAAAUUUUAGGAUAUGAGGACUAAAUUAAGAAAAAAAAAUCUCAAUAACAAGUACAAACACUUGGACACAACAUAAUAAAAGAAAAAGAAAGUAGUUAAAAUCAAUUAAAAGCAAAAUAUCCUUGACGAAAACUCCUUAUCCCUCUUUUACUCUCAUCUUUUUUUUUUUUUUUUUCUUAUUUAUAAAUAUUAUUAUAAAAGUUCAACCCAUCAUGGUGCUCAAUUAGGGUAGAUGUUGGGAUGUGUGGUGGAGGCACAUGGUCUUGGGUUCAAUUCAUGCCACUAGUUGAAUGUCUCAAUUACCUAGUGCUAGUUCUGGCAAGUAUGGUUAGCAACCCGAGGUUUAGGUUCCCAUGAAGAGUCUGAAGGGCUCAUCCAUAGAAGAUUCCCUAGUUAUCAAAAAAAGAAUUACAAAAGCUCACUUUCUAAUAAACUCUUUGUUUGUUAUGUCUAACUAUUUGGUAAUAAAGUUGAAAGUAAAAAAGAGAAAUCAACUAACAUUGAAUAGCCAUAUCCAUGGAUGUAUCUUACAAGGAUCCUACACCUACAACCGGAUCAUGUUGUGUUCAUACUAGUAGGUUGGGAUAAGUUAAUAGUCUAGGUGUUAUAGGUAGCAAAGGUCUAAAGAAGUGUAGAAGCAAACUGUAAGUCUAAAGCCCCAUAGAUCUCCAUUUGUCCUAAUGAGGUCCUAAUAUUUCUCUCACCAAAUAGUCCAAUUCAUAACACAACUAGCCUUAUGCCACAGAACCUAGCCUCUCAAAAGUGCUCAAUAACCUUUGAAGGAACUAACAAUUAUCUCUAUCACACUUGGUUGGGGAGGGGUGGGAAGGGAAGUCAAUCCUAUGGAGUCUAUACAACUUAUGCCAGAGUUCCAAAGUUAAUGGGAAGUAUAAGAAAAGAUCACUGUUUCCCUACUAUCCAAGCAUCUAACACAACGAUGAGGGCAAAGGCCUUCCUCCUCUAUGUCACAUCAUUGGUCUAUAAAGCUUACGAGGGGCCAUGAACCAUACAAAGGCCAUAACAUUAAGAGGGGCUUUUGAGUUCCAAAUGAAACUGGCUAGAAGGAAAGGGAUGAAAUUAAUAGAAGCAGACAAAGCCUUGAAAAAGGAACCAAAUGAGAAAUGCUUGAGUAGGGCAAAGACUGAAGUCUCACAUCUGGAAAAGUAGGCAAAAAAUACACAUAGACUAGUGAGGAUGUGAACACAUGCUGGCUCCUCAAAUUCCCGAUCAUAAAGGUUGCAUUGAAAAUUGAAAUUCCAAGGAGAGGAAAAGGAAAAGUCUAAAAUACAAUAAAUAAAGGAGUAUUUAGUUCUCACAACCCUGAAGAUAUUAGAACUUAAACACUGAGAGGUUGCUUGCUCCACCAACUUUCUUCCCAAAAACGGAUGUUUGAGCCAUCCCUGCUGGAUCUUGUAAAGCCACUAGCUUUGUCAGACUCCAGGGGGAGAAUCACUUAGUCAUUUAUUUAUCCAUUGUUCUAUUGGUAAUGAGCUUUAGCAGAAAUUUUCCUACCUAAUAUUCAUCAGUGAGCUAGUAGGGUACUAAGAAUAGGAUGGUCUUUUGCCUUUGAUGGCUUUGAUAGAAGGGACAGAAGCAGGGUUCUGUCAAAAUGUGUGCUGCUCACUGCAGUUUGUGUAACUUUUUUGGGACAAAAUAUUGGGACUUUCAAAGGAAAACAAGGAAAUAUUAAACAUAUGUGAAAUUAAUUUCUUAACAUCUUGAUAGGUUUUGGUGACUGAGGAAUUUGAUGUCAUUCCCUUCAGCCUUGUUCCCUCAGAUUGCAGGUUGUUGGUUCUGGGAACUGGUGUAGUUUUGUUAUCUUAGCUUUUCCCUGUGUAAGAUAUGGCUUUGUUUUCUUUUUCAUGUUUAGGAAAGAAAUCUCUUGUACUUCUGAUUUUUAUUUUUAAUUUUUGUUUCUAUAUGAAAACAUAUCUGAAAAUUCCAUUCCAGCUAUAGGAACAAAAUCUCAAAGGAAUAUGAAAAAUACUUGAAAUUGAUACCAUGAUGAAAAAUAAGUUUGCAACUCUUAAAUGGAAGGCUACUGUUUUAGAAUACUCAAUAACAUUGAACAUUGAUCUAUGCAACUAGAUGGUGAGAAACUAUGCAUUGAUCUAAAAUUUAUGGAGAUCUAUAUAUUCUUCCAACUAGACAUAUUCUUCAGUAGGAAGAUAGUCCAGUGAAUGGUGAUGUGGUGAUUUAACCCAUCAGCCCUCCAGCAUAUACGAUGCAUAUUUGACACGUGUAAUAAUGAAAGUGAACAGUUUGCGACCACUGUUUCUAGUGAUAAAAAAGAUCCGAUGGAAACAAGCAUUACCCUUGGAAAUUUUUUUUUUUUUUGGAUAGAAACACUUUGAAAACUUGUCUUCCAUUUUUCAACACGUGAACUUAGUUAGGGGCAGAAUCCUUGAGAUCUCUAAUUAAGGCAUCAUUAUACUUUAAAGUAUUUCUUGAUGGCUUGAGGUAUGUUUCUUCAUAAAACAUGAGCACUUAUGAGCAUGUCUUAAAUUUUAUUUAUUAAUUAUGUUGCUCGUUUAUAAAAGCAUCAUGCCCUGUACCGUAUGUGGAUACUGGAUACUCAAUGGCUUGUGUCUGAUGCAUGCUCUGUUUUUAAUACAGUAUGCAAUUAGUCAACUGAAUAAGUUGGAAGAUAGCAUUUGGGAGCGAUGGACAAGGAAAAAGCCUCA